AUGACACAGCAUUAUGAAGAUGGCAUGGCUAUUGUUCUUAGUGGCGGUAAACCAAAUAUUUUUCUAGCAAUGACAUGCAAUCCUUCUUGGAGUGAGAUAACAUCAGAACUUUUAUCUUUUCAAACACCACAAGAUCGUCCAGAUUUUCUAACAAGAAUAUUUUGUUCGAAAUUCGAGCAAUUGAAGGAUGAUGUUAUUAAUAAAGGAGUCUUGGAAAAAGUUAAAAGUUACAUGUAUGUCACUGAAUUUCAAAAGCGAGGAAUUUCACAUGUGCAUAUGUUGUUGGUCUUAGAAAGUAAUGAUAAGUUGCAUGACCCAAAAGAUUAUGAUAGUAUGAUAAGAGCAGAAAUACAUAAAUUAGAAUAUGAACCACAGUUGCAUGAAGCUGUUGUAAAACAUAUGAUCCACAAACCUUGCGGCAUAAUCAAACGAAAGUCUCCAUGUAUGAAAGACAGACAUUGUAAGAAAAGUCACGACUCCCUUGGUUAUCGCGACGUUUGUGGUGUUUGCGAGGAAACGGUUUUGAUGGAGCUCAAAGCGUGUUCAGAAAUUCACAAUGAUUCCUAG